AUGCUCUCCCUAAUAAAGUCUGUCUUUUCCAACGCGCAAGACGAGAAGGCGCUGAACGUGUUAAUAAUCGGAGAGUGCGAAUCAGGCAAAACAAGUCUGUUCAAUCUGAUCGGUAGUUUUAACAACAAAAGCAAAUAUGACAUGUUAAACACGGUAAUAUCCACGGGGAAUAAAAACGGCACUUGUGCCCUCGGAUUUAACACGAAGAAAAUUACCUUCAAUAAGAAGCCUUUAAAAAUAUAUGACUUGGAAGGCACGCCGACAAACACGACAAAUAUUUACGACUGUUAUUAUGAUGACGCGGACGUCAUAUUUUACGUGAUUGAUGCUAAGGAUGAGAAGCACAUUUUUAAGGCGAUCCUUUAUUUGUCCUGUUUAAGUACGAAUGGGAGGCUGCCUGAUGGGACAGAGGCGGAUGGAAGAGUGGCCAAUGGGAGACUGUCCGAUGGGAAACUUCCUGAUGAGAGCACCACUUGUAAAAAGGGAAGACAAUUUUUAAAACCUAUUUUCAUUCUAGGAAAUAAAUCCGAAGACAAGUCAGCCUUUUUUUCCGCUCCAUGUAUAUCCAAUUAUAUAAAUUCAAUAGAUGUCUACAAAAAUGAAAGAUUCUGGCAGUUCCUUCUGUCGAGUGAUAACACCUUUUUGAAGCACUACAUGGGCAUGCUCCAUGAAAGGGUUCUGAACUGCGCCUUCCCUGAUGGCAUUGCGGGGGAGGAAACCGACGAGAAGAAGGCGAAAGGAGAGGGAAAUCAGGAUGGUCAAAAUGGAGAAAUGACAAAAAACACGCGAUAUGACACAGAGGAGGGAAAUUUCCAAAAAUCGCGCCUUCCCCAACAAGUACAAAAAGAAACCUACAGCGACAUCGUGAAGGACAUCAAGAUGGGGCGAAAGGGAGCCAUCACUGUAGACGACAUCGAGAAUGACCAAUUACUAGAAACCUUACUCAAAAAGGUCUUUAACGAAAAUGUUAAUAAUUACAAAAGUAUUCCCAUACAAGUCUAUAACAUUAGCGUACUGAGAAAUAAAGGAGUGUAUGAAGUGCUUGAAAAAAUUUUUGACCAAUAUUUUUUGAGCGACAUGUAUACAGAUGGGGGUAAGGCAUGUACGAACACCCCCCUUGGCAAAACAGAAAAAAGGACGAAGUGCACAAAUGAGCAUGUCUCUCUUAAUGGAAGAGGUGAAUCUGAUUAUCUUAUUCGAGAUGGCACAAGGAGAACACGCACACAUUUGCUACACGUGUUUGAAGAAGCGGAUGGCAACACGGGGAAGCCAAGUCUUCACCCUAGAGAUUGCAGAAUGCACAGGGUAGACCUGACGGAACAAUUUCACACCAUGCCAAACAGUGCUUAUGUGGUGUACAAACGGAAUAGCAGUUCGGUGAAUUUAUUUAUCGAGCAUAUACAGCACCUAUAUUUUGGGAAGAGUACUUUUGAUAAUGUGCCAAAGAAGCUUUUCUUCCUCCAUCAGGGGAACGAAAAAUAUAGGAAAAAAUAUAAAAUUAAGAAGAAGGACCAGCUGGGAAAGAACGGACCAGCGGAGGGACUGCAAAAUGGGGAAGCGACCGAGCAGGUGAAGAGAACCUACGAUUCUAAAGAGACGUAUGAUGCUGAAGAAAUGCAUGAUGCUGAAGAAAUGCAUGAUGCUGAAGAAACGUAUGAUGCUGAAGAAACGUAUGAUGCUGAAGAAACGUAUGAUGCCGAAAAAAUGCAUGAUGUUGAAGAAACGUAUGAUGCUGAAGAAACGUAUGAUGCUGAAGAAACGUAUGAUGCUGAAGAAACGUAUGAUGCCGAAAAAAUGCAUGAUGUUGAAGAAACGUAUGAUGCUGAAGAAAUGCAUGAUGCUGAAGAAACGUAUGAUGCUGAAGAAACGUAUGAUGCUGAAGAAACGUAUGAUGCUGAAGAAACGUAUGAUGCCGAAAAAAUGCAUGAUGUUGAAGAAACGUAUGAUGCUGAAGAAACGUAUGAUGCUGAAGAAACGUAUGAUGCUGAAGAAACGUAUGAGGCUAAAGAAACCUACGAGGCAAAGGAAACCCUCUGCGCAGACAGAACCCUCUCGCUUGAUGAACCGCCGCCAGUGGACAAGGCAAUACCGGAGGAUAAAUCAGGGCAGGGGAAAAAGGAACACACAAAAGGUGAACUCACAGCGAUGGGUGUAAAUGCUAACUCGGGAGGAAGGGCAGAAAACGCGGAAGUUAAAAGGGAAGAGUUCGACAGCGAUACGGGUGAAGUGUCGAAGAGAACAAAAAUUGAACAAAGGGGGGAACUCAGCCAAGUGGACCACGCCGCAGAGGCGAGGCCGACGCGGAGAGAAGACGUAAUAGCAGAGUCGAUCAAAGAAGAGACGGACCCAAAUGGUGGUGAAUUAGUAGAAGACGAAGCAGAAAGUGAAGGAAAAGAAUCAAGGGACCUUUUCCAAGCUGAUAAGGAACAAAGUGGUCAGAAUUACGCAAACCUCGCCUACCAUACGGACUAUUCGUCAAACGAGGAGACGCCAAAACGUGAUAGCCCCCUUUAUGAAGAGAAUCAUAUAAAUUACCACAUCGACGAGGGUAAGAAUGUCAUACGCAAGGGAAAAAUUAACAAGAAAAGAUACUUCAUUGUGGAAAAAAAGAAAAAAAAGAAAAUUCUCCACAGCGGUAAAAAAAUAAAUGAUGUAGAGGAAAAUUCUAGCAAUUCCCUGGAAGAUGUUAACUUGAUGAAUGUUAUGCGGAUAGAUUCGCUCAACAAAAUUUAG